AUGAUUUCCUUCAACAGGUGGGUAAAAAAUUCAAUUUUUUUGAUUUCGAAUGUUACAAAAUAAAAUAUAUUUUGUGCGGUUUGAGAAGAAUCUUAGUAUUUUGAAGCGAUUUUGCCAUUUUUCUUGUGUAGCUAAUUCACAGCUGGCUUGAGCCAUCGAGAAAAGGGUCCUGAGAAGAGAGUCCUUGGUUAGUGGAGAGCGCAGACACGCCACGCCCCCUCAGUUUCCCAAGUUAGCCUUGAGACGGCUAAUAGCUAAAUACCGGAUUUUUUAAAACUUGCGUGAAAAGAUUUAUUUAAUUCGCGUAAAAUGACUUUUUGUUUGCACGCCGUAACUCAAGUUUCAAAUGCCGACGUGGUGGGUAUUGCGAUUCUGUGGACACGGGCAAAGUCCGAACGACUAAAAAGGCCAAAAAAGAAGAUCCUAAAAAGCUCCUUUUUAAGUUCCUAAAAAGGUGUCAAAAGUUUUUCGGAAUCUCCUUUUUCCAUCUUUUUUUUCCGCCUUAUUUUUUUACCCCUCCUUUUGCAAUUAUUUUUGGAGUUUGAAGCUUGGAAACGCAUUCGUUUCAACCUUUAUGACAUCUGAAAUUAUUUUGUCGAAAAAUUAUUUUUAUGGAACUUUUCGUGAUUUUCCUCGUGAACAUUAGUUGGAGCGGGAAAACUUUCAACAAAAAAUUUUUCCGUUUUUUUCAAUCUUAAAAGUUGCACAGGUCCAAGAAGUCUGAAAAAGGCUGGUUGGACGCGCAAAGUUUUCUUAUUUGAAAAGAAUCCGGUAUUUAUAGGUUUUGGCUUUCAGUAUUUUUGAACUGAUUUUUAUAAUUCCCCUUAUUUUUUUCUUCCUAAUUGAGGAAUCGAACAAAUUCGGAAUAUUUGCUCAAAAAUAGUUUUUUCAGGAGUUUCCUGUGAAGGAGUUCGCUCAAAUGGUGGUACCACCCGAAGGUCGCAUCUUGCAAUUUUUCGUUCGAUCGCGUGAAAUAUGAAAAAUCAGUACGUUUGUGAUGAUAAAAAUCUAAUUUCAGCCACAAAAAAAGUUUUUUUUUUUGAGAUUUUUCCUGAAAUUGCCUUGACGAAUUUUCAUAAAUGAAUCGCUGUCUGAAAAGUUUCCUAUUUUGUUCAGAAAUUUUAGCCCUUGUUUUUUCUUUUUGAAGCUUCAGAAAUACAAAAGUUUGUUUUACCUUUCAACUCGGGCAAAGUGGGAAUGAUGAAUGAUGGCCGCUAAAAUGGAGAGGCUCAAAAAAAGCCGCAUAAAGGCAGCAAAAAGAGUUGCUUUUUCCAUUUUUCUGGGAUUUUAAAGGCUCAAGAAAUGGUGGAAGAAGGGAGAGGCAGCAAAAAUGGUGGAUAAAAGCUGAUGAAAUGGCUCAAAAGGCAGCAAAAAAGGAUCCCUUGUCACCCUGAAAGGAACAUUUAUAUGGGGUCUUUUUACACUCUUUCCGACUUGCCGUUAAACUUCGGACUCUGAUUUCAGGGUUCUUGGCAAAUUGGAACUGUACUUCGUAACACGCCAGACCUUGGAACGUGUCGCGGAAACUUUGGAACCGCUUAUUCGGCAGAAUAAAACGGAGAACAAUGAAUCAAGGUCUGUUUUUGAGAGGGAAAAUGGAGGCAAAACUUGAAAAUUCAUGAUUUUCCUCUGCUCAUCGUUGCAAGACUUUUUUUUUUGUGAAAAAUCGGUGAUUUUUUUAAUUUUGUGGCAGUUCGGCGCAUGCAGAAGCGAAAUUUUACGAAAAAGCCAAUUUUCCGUAAAUUUAUCAAUAAUAGAAAAAUAUUUUAAGACGUUCGAUUCCUUCCAAAAAUCCUGUACCAACAGAUGUCUUCUUGAAGGAUUAUUGUUCGUCAUCGGACGGACUGGUAAUGAAUAGAAAAAAUCCCCCGAGAAAAAUGUUCUUUUACAGACAAAGUACCAAUUGAGUAGCUAUUUGAUGUGCCCUAUCCGUCCGAAUAAUCCAACUGUUCGCGCCGUCAAGAACUUUUAUCUCGACGAUAAAAACGGCGGAAGCCUGAUUUUCGAGUAUACGAACAUCAAAAGGGAAGUUCAACAACAGGUGAUUGAAAAGAAAUUUUUUUUAAUCGAGUUUUUUGAUCCGUAAGGAAGGUUUUUCAUAGCGUUUCGCGGUAAUGUGUUUCAAAGGAAUUUUUUAAAAAACAGUUUUAAAUAGUCUUUGGAAAAAAAACCAGUCCAAAUGAAGCUUAAACUUUUAUUAUCGUACUUAAAAUUUGGUGGAAUUCUUUCGAAUUAUUUUUGAAACUGUAUGAAGAAAGAACACUUGGAGGAGCUCACCAUGAAAUUGUCCCUGGUCACAGUGAGAUUUCCGAAUGGGAAAUAGUUUACUAGACGUACAGUACCGUCAGAAAAGACACCAAAAAACCGAGUUCCAGCCACAACUUACUUGUAAGGAAUUCAAUCUUUCUGAGAUUUAUUGGAGUUGUGAUUAUAGUUAUUUUUAACAAUCUGAUGAAGUUCCAGUUCACAGAAAUUAAAACUCAGCUUCAGAAAGAUUGAAUUCUUUAGAAGAAAUUUGUGACCAAAAUUGCGUUUUUCGUAUCUCCUCUGACGCUACUGCAGUUUCUCACGCUGAUUGGAAGUCUGAACUUCUCGCUACUGUUGCUUCAGACCGCAUCGCAUUAAUUUUUGGCGAAGCUUUGAAAAAUCAUAUCCACACUUGAAAAAAAAACGAAAAAAUAAUUAUUGGCUCUCUUUUAGCAGUGGUACAAGAGCCAUAUAAAAGUGAGAUCUUUCGGCGAGACUGAAAGUUUCGACUUUUGACGGUCAAUAACUUUUUUCACAGACCUCCGCGGCAGUUUUUAAGAUCAGAUUUGGAAUCAGCAUCGAAAACUGAGACCAGACAUUCCAUGGUGAAAGACUCGCGAUGCCUUUUUAGGCGGCAAUUCGAACUCACUCCUUCCUCUCUGAACGAUUCUUCUUGUUAAUAUCAAUUGAUAAAUGUCAAGUAGUGCUUUGAGUGAAGAUGAUUCCUUCAACGUGAUAAUUUUCGGCGCAAAAAACGCAUCGCGACCGCUACGCACAGAAACACUCAGAACUCCGCCGCUUCAAGCCGAUGAAAAAAAUAAAUUAUAUGAAAUAUUGCAGACCUUCCCAAUGGACAGUUUCAACAAGUUGAUAAGACCGCGGAAAGGGUUUCUCAUGGAACUUUGGCUCGACCCCGAAUGCGAAUUUAACAAAACGGAAAAAGUGUAUGUUAGGCGCAAACUUGUUCUGCGCCAUUCGGGUUUAGGAUGAGUUGGGAAAAAAAAAGGGCGUUAUGAUAACUUUUUCUAUAAAUCAAAUAUGUUGUAAAACACGAUUUUUAAGAUUUUUUGAAAAAAACAAUAGAAUUGAUGAUAAAUUCAAUCAAACAAACGCCAUUUUCUUGAUUUUCAAAAAAAAAAAACUUUCUAGGCCAAGCUUUCAAGUAUAAAAGUUCAAUCCAAACUUUCAAGUUUUGGAAAAUAUUGAGAGAUUGCUUGGUGAAUUUUUGAAGAAUAUAGUUGUUAGACGUCAUUCGUCCCAAUUUGAAACAGUCUGACCCGUCUGCGCCCUCUUUUCUCUCACAAAGGAACGAAACAGCGUUUAAACACGAGAGAUCGCAAAUGGAUCGACUUUUUUCAAAUAUUGGCGAUCAGGAUGAACUUUAUAAGCCUUCAGCUGUGAGCGAUCUCAGAAAAACUGUCCUUGUUCAGCUUUUGAAUUGUAUAAAAUAGUCAAAGAUAAUUAUAGAAGUUGUUUUUUUGAUUUUUUCAAGAAUCCGAGUCAUUUUUGAGUGCACCCAACAUAGCAUUUAUCUUUUUUCAUUAGGAUUAUUAACAAAACUUCUUCCUCAGAUUUUUUUACUAGUCAUGAAACUCUCAUCCGCCUAUUUUAGGGCCCUGCAAAAGAUGAAAUUGUGUUUUGAAACCCGUUUCGACUUGGAAUGCGUCGCUGAAGCGUUGGACACUCUGAUGAGGCGUGAUAGAAGACCGAAAACACGGCCUAGGUCAGUUUUUGGAUGGGAAGCAAAAAAAUCAUACAUGGGAUGAGCUGGACUGGUAGCAAGCAAUUUUAAUGUUUCCUGACACUAUUGUGGUAACGCGUCGUGAAGCGAUUUUUGCGAGAAAUAUGAAUAAUUUCCAAUGAAAACCGCCUUUUACUGUUUUUUUUUCUUUAGCUUUCUUUUUUGAACUGUCAUUUUAGUCAGGCUUUCCUCAUUUUUUUUUACACUCGCGUUUGGAUUUUUGUAUUUCUCGCCAAAAAGCCGCAACGCGACCGUAACAAGUUACGGUAGUUACGUCUUUCAAACAAAAUAUGGAUCGUAAAAAAAAUGAUAUAAUUUCAGCGUUCCUGUAUGUGUACAUGUCGAGAAUCUGAAAACACGCCGGACCUUGGAACUUGGGGCAGAGUCUUUGGAAUCACUGAUUUGGCAGAAUAGAGUGGAGAAAAAUGAGCCAAGGUUUUUAAGAGGAAAUAUCUAGAUUUAUGAAAGAUGUUUAUAGGGUCAUAACUUAUGCCUAUGAAAAAAAUUUUUUUGGGAUUGUUUUCUUUUUAGUUCGCUCUUCAUUAAUGUAAUUUUUUUCUGAAAAAGUUGCUGAUCAUCUGAUUUUUUUGCAGUCUGAGCGGCUUGACCCGGGCUAGCCCGACUAAGGUUUCGGGACUUGUGCGGGCUCAGGUCGGGCUAUGCCUCGAGAAAGUUUCACCAAAAAAAUUUUGCACCGAAAAAAUUUUUUUACCGGUUUUUUUGCUUAAAAAGAGGGCGGAGGGGAGGGGGAGGGGGCAUGGGGUUGGAAAGGGGCUGACUGGGCCGGCCCUCCCACAAGCUUGAUUCUGACCCAUUUGCAUUUUUAAAAAGUUGAAAAAAAAACGCAUUUAAAAUCCGAUAAUCGUGUUUAGUAAUUGAAAUCUUUUGAGCUUUCCCGAUUCUUCCAAGGAUCCUGUACAAAAAGAUGUCGUCAUAAAUGAUUCCAGCACGACGUCGAAGAAACUGGUAAUUAAAUAAGUUGCCCAGAAAAUGUCAGUAUUUUCCAGAUGGAUUUCAAUUUGAGUAGCUAUUGGUUUUGUUUCAAAAACGGAGAAAAUACACCUUGUCGUGACGCCAAGAAGCUUUUCAUCGAUGGAUCGGACGGCGGAAGGAUGAUUUUCGAUCCCAAAAUCUUUUCAGAAGACGUUGAAGAAAAGGUUUUUUUUUAGAUUUGUCGGAACAAUUUUCAAGGAAAUUUGAGUAUUUUGAAAAAUAUCAGCUUAUUUUUUUAACUUCGUGUCAAAAAACGCUGCGCGACCGCGACGCGUUAUUACGGUAGUAUCAGGGAUUGGGAAGAAAACGGAAAAUUUCAUUUUGUUUGAAUUUCAGAGAGGAAAAGGUUUUUGACAUUGAAAGUCCUCAAAAUUUGAUGAAAAAGUUGAAAAGCCUCAUUUUUCACAUAGAGAUACUAGAUCGAAAUCGGUUAUCACCCAAAAAAGUGAUCAAGAAACGAUCAAGACCAUGUUUUUGAAACAUUUUUUUAGUCUUCAGAGAAGGAUCUCUUCUGAAACAUGGAUUAGUUGAAGAGUUUUUUCUCGGUUCGUAAAACUGUCGCUGGUCAAGAACGACGCCUAGAUCAGCACGUUUUUUUUGUGAUUGUGCACGGGCGAAUCGGGAGGGUACCAAAAUGUGUUCACAAAGUCAUCUCGGAGGUACUUGAGAGUUUAUCUCAUUUAGCUGCUCAAAGUCCUAAGAAGUAUACUCGAGAUACCAUCUUGAGACUUCAGAACCUGCGAUAUACCUCGAUUCGCCUAUGUAGUUAGACGAUUUUCGAAAUUUCCGAAGAUCAGCUGCUUAUCCAUAUAGGGAUAGUACGGCAACCAGCUUGACCAGGGCGCCGUACUGUUCGAAAUGAUACAAAAAUUGUAUAGUCUGUGUACCACGACUUGGAAUUUCUCCGAACGACAUUCCGCUGUGCCGCUGCGCGCCUUUGCGAAUCUUGGUCGCGCUUUCAAUUUUUUUUUUCUUUUAUCAAGGUACUCUACUUUCAUGGGCUCCCACAGCAUUAAUAAUCAAUUGAACGUGUUACCUAGAUUCAAAGACGCUUCGCGAACGCACGCAGCGGAACAGCGGAAUGUCGUUCCGUUAAAUUUCAAGUCGUGGCACACAGACUAUAUUUAGGUAAAGGUUGGGAAGCUUCGGCUUUUGGUUUCUCGGUAUGCGUUUGGAAGCUUUCCAGCAACCUAUAUUCGAAAGACGCUUCGCGAACGCACGCAGCGGAACAGCGGAAUGUCGUUCCUUAAAAUUUCAUGUCGUGGCACACAGACUAUAAAAAAAUACCCUCAAAAUUAGGUGUUCCUUGCAUUUUUCAAGCAUUUCAGGCGUUGUUCGUGAAGGAUUUCGCUCAUUUCCUGAAACCGCAGAACGGCCGUGUCAUGGAACUGUUUUUCGACCCACAUUGUGAUCGUGUCAAAAAUGAGAAAACGUAUGUUUUCAUUUUCGAGAAGAAAAAAAGCCUAUAAAUGAUUUUUGGGCUGUUUUUUUUAGCUUCCUAUGGGGAGAUCCGACCCGCAGAGUUGAAAUCUAGUGAAAAAUAUAGGAAAAAUGGUUUUUUGGGGGCCGGGUCGACCCCGGGCGGUCCGUAUUAUCAACAGCGCUGACCUAAUAAUUUCAGGGCCUUGAAAAGCUUGAAAUUGAGUUUCGAAACCCGCGAGAACCUGGAAAUCGUCGCGGAAGCUUUGAAAGUUUCCAUGACGCCGAAAGAAAAUGAAGAGGAAACUUCAAGGUUUGGUUUUUGAAUGAAUAUGAGAAAAAAGAGUGAUAUUUGGACCCGGAGGACAAUAUUACUUGAAAGAAGGUUCAAGAAAAAUUCUCCUAGCGCAAUUUUGACGAAUUUUUCUGAUAGUUCUUUUUUGAACAAAUAAAAAGGUUCAGGAAACGGUCUGAAUACUCGAAAAAGUGAGAAAAGUAUUUUUUUCUAAAUACAAAUCAAUGUGAAAGUAGGAGAUUCGACAAAAAUCAUUUAAAAAAAAAUCUGAUCAAUAUCUCCAAAAUCAUUUUUUUUACUGGCCUUUUGAAGCAUUUCCUCACGAAACUUUAUUUUUUUCAGCAUUUUUAAAUCAAAAACGAGCCUCAGAAAAUCUCUAAUUUUAAAGUGCGACUCUUCCGAAAAGAGUUCGAGCAAAAAUUUGCGUGUUCCACCGCUUCGAACAGUUCAAUAAAGAAUAA